AUGAAAUAUAUAGUUGUAUCUGGAGGUGUAGUAUCUGGAAUUGGAAAAGGUGUUGUGUCUAGUAGUAUUGGAACUAUAUUAAAAUCAAAAGGAUAUAAUGUAAUACACAUUAAAAUAGAUCCAUAUCUUAAUUUUUCAGCCGGUAUGAUGGCACCAUCUGAACAUGGAGAAGUGUAUGUUUUAAAUGACGGCACUGAAACUGAUAUAGAUCUUGGGAAUUAUGAAAGAUUUCAAGGAGUAAAGUUAACUAGUGAUAAUUCUAUUACUGGUGGUAAAAUUUUAUAUAAUGUUAUUUCUAAAGAAAUGAAAGGAGAAUAUAAUGGUAAAACUUUACAAAUUAAUCCACAUUGUAUUAAUGAAAUUAUUAAUAAAUUAAAAAAAGUCUCUAAUUCUGAAUAUUUUGACGAAGUUAAAAAAGUUAAUUUUUUCCCAGAAAUUGUUAUAAUUGAAUUGGGAGGAACAGUAGGAGAUGCUGAAUCUGUUAUGUUUCUUGAAGCUUUAUAUAAAUUUAAAAAUUUAUUAUCCAAGGAAGAUUUUUUAUUAAUCUCUGUAGAUUUUCUAGUAGAGUUACACGGAUUUGAACAUAAAACAAGACCUUUACAAGUUUCUGCAAGAAAUUUAAGAUCUUUUGGAUUAAACAGUGAUAUUAUUAUUUGUAGAGGACAACAUAAAAUGGAAAAUUAUGUACUUAAUAAAAUAGCAGAAAGAUGUUUAGUAAAUAAGGAUAGUAUUUUUUUAGUACCUAAUAUGAAUUCAAUAUAUAAAGUACCAAAUUAUUUAAAUUCUCAAGGAUUGUUUGACGUUAUUUCUAAAAAACUUAAUAUAUUAAAAAAAGAAACUUCUGAUUUAUAUUUUAACAAAUUUGAAAGUCUUGCAAAAAGACACGAAAAAGCUGUAUCUAUUGGUAUUGUAGCAAAAUAUAGUGUACAAGCCGAUUCUUAUUCUAGUAUUAUACAUGGUUUAUUGUUUUCUUCUUCUGAAUUGGGAGUUAAUACUGAAGUCAUUUGGAUUGAUGCAGAAUUACUAGAACGUAAUGAAGAAAUAGAACAUAAAAAGUUAGAAUCUUGUAUGGGAAUUUUAGUACCAGGAGGAUUUGGUCAGAGAGGUAUAGAAGGUAAAAUAAAGGCUAUACAAUAUUGUAGAGAAAAUAAUAUUCCUUUUUUAGGAAUAUGCCUUGGGUUACAACUGUCUGUUAUUGAAUUUGCUCGUAACGUUUUAGGCUUAAAAAAUGCGACUUCUGAGGAAUUUGAUUCUAAGGCAGAACAUCAAGUAAUAACAUUUUUAGACUUUAAUGGUGUACAAAAAGAAACAUUAAGACUUGGUGCUAAUGAUAUUGUAUUAAAUAAAGAUUCUAAAAUAUUUAAAAUUUACAAAGACACUUGCAUCUCUGAAAGACAUAGACAUAGAUAUGGUAUUAAUAAGAAAUAUACAGAUCUUCUCUCAGAACAGGGAUUUAUAUGUUCUGGAAGAUCAAGCUGUGAUAAUGUUGCAGAAAUAUUUGAGCUUUCAACCCAUAAAUAUUUUAUAGGAGUUCAGUAUCAUCCUGAAUUUAAUGCCAACCCUUUUGCACCUUCCAAACUUUUUACCGCUUUUAUUAAAGCAGCUUUGGAUUUAAAUUUUUAA